UUAUUUUGUUUGAAAAGUCACUCUUUCAAGUUGUCACUGGAAUGACAGCUCAGAAUAAAACUAAUUUGCGGCCGGCCCUCCUUCUGGCUUCUCUUGAGCUUCUUUGAGCUCAGCGGCAGACGGAUUGCAGAUUUGGGCCGGGGUUCUGGGUUGCAGGGGCCCGGAAAAGAUGGGGCCUUUGUCUAGGACACUAGCACUUGGGAUAAAAUCAGAAAGAGAAUAAUCGUGUGAAAGCAGGAUAUAGAAGGGACAGCCUAAGGGCGUUCCCCGCGGUCUGUUCUGGAGGUGAGAGAAGUUGUUCACUACCGCCGAGCAUGGGAGCCCCAGCACUACCCUCCUUCUCGGCAGCUCCAGAAAAACUCCUGAGACCGACUCCAUUCUCCCGGUGGCAGGUCCACGAGCCGCAGGGGGAUAGAGGACAGCCAGAGGCUGGAGGAGCCGACUCUAGACCACUAAGCGGCAUCGAGGGACUCACAGUACUGGGCUCAGCCCACGCGGCCGCAGAAAACACUAUGGUGUGGCCAGGGCGUGGCUAAGGGCGGGGCACGCCCCUUCUUUCCCAAUUCCCCUCCACUCCUGAGUCCCAUUGGUCACAAAGACGUCCAAUGAGCUCACGGAUCAAGGUCCUACCCCGGGUCUGACUCGAAAGCUCCUGCCAAAACUUUGGGAGUUUUUAGAGAGGAGUUUUUUUUUUUUCUUUUUUUUUCUUUUUCCUUCUUAUUUUUUUAAACUAACGGAUCAUUAUUGUUGUUUUAAAUUUAGUUCUUAGAACUUAGCUGUUUGGGUUUUUCUUUCGGUGUCGGGCCCCAGUCUCCUCGGCUUCUCCGGAGUAGCAGAGCGAGGCCGCGCCCGCCUCGCCACUCCAGUACCCGGCGAUCGACUCCAUCCCUCGGGGAGCGCGCUCGCCGCGCCGCCUUUCAAGCCAGGCCAGGGGCCCAGGCGGUGACGGGAGGCGACCGGGCCCUCGCCUCCUCUCUCGGUGGCGCUAGGGCUCCCCGCUGGCCCUGGGCUUCAGUGCGGGCGGAGAACCGAAAGCAGACCGGGCUUGGCUGGGACACCGCCUCUCCCCGGGCACCCACCCACUUACCCACUCACCCAGGACCCCGCCAGGAUUCUGCCAGGAUGUUCGCGGCCGGCCUGGCUCCCUUCUAUGCUUCCAACUUUAGUCUCUGGUCAGCCGCUUACUGUUCAUCGGCCGGCGGCCCGGGCGGUUGCUCUUUCCCCUUGGACCCGGCGGCUGUCAAGAAACCCUCUUUCUGCAUCGCGGACAUCCUGCAUGCCGGCGUCGGGGAGCCGGGGCCCGGUGCAGAGGGACUCGUGGGGGCCUCGGCCGCCCUCACCGCGCACUUGGGUUCCGUGCACCCGCACGCCUCCUUCCAAGCUGCCACCAGAUCCCCGCUACGUCCCACUCCGGUGGUGGCGCCCUCAGAAGUGCCUACUGGCUUCCCUCAGCGGCUGUCCCCGCUCUCGGCUGCCUACCACCAGCAUCUCCCGCAGCAACAACCGACGCAGCAACAACAGUCCCAGCCACAGCCUCCGCCUCCACCCCGGGCGGGCUCCCUGCAGCCACCGGCUUCAGGGACGCGGGUGGUCCCCCACCAUAGCGGCUCCGCCCCUGCCCCCUCCAGCAAAGACCUCAAAUUUGGAAUCGACCGAAUUUUGUCUGCAGAAUUUGACCCAAAAGUCAAGGAAGGCAACACAUUGAGAGAUCUCACGUCGCUGCUAACUGGUGGGCGGCCUGCAGGGGUGCACCUCGCUGGCCUGCAGCCUUCGGCCGGACAGUUCUUCGCAUCUCUAGAUCCUAUUAACGAGGCGUCUGCUAUCCUCAGCCCCUUAAGCUCCAACCCAAGAAACUCUGUUCAGCAUCAAUUCCAAGACACGUUUCCAGGUCCCUAUGCUGUGCUCACCAAGGACACCAUGCCGCAGACGUACAAGCGGAAGCGCUCCUGGUCCCGCGCGGUCUUUUCCAAUCUGCAAAGGAAAGGCCUGGAGAAGAGAUUUGAGAUUCAGAAAUACGUGACGAAGCCAGACCGAAAGCAGCUGGCCGCGAUGCUGGGACUCACCGACGCUCAGGUGAAGGUGUGGUUCCAGAAUCGGAGGAUGAAGUGGCGACACUCUAAGGAGGCUCAGGCACAGAAGGACAAGGACAAGGAAGUCAGCGAAAAGCCUUCUGGAGGAGCCCCCGCCGAGGGCGAACUGGAAGAGAGAAGCCCCAGCCGUUCCGAGGGCGAGGCCGAGAGCGAGAGCAGUGACUCGGAGUCCCUGGACAUGGCCCCCAGCGACACGGAACGGACUGAAGGGAGUGAGCGGUCCCUGCACCAAACUACGGUCAUCAAGGCCUCCGCCGCGGGCGCCCUUCUCACAACCAGCAGCAGUGCAAGCGGUGGCAGCUUCAGCUUCAGCAGCGUCAGCAGCCUGGGUAGCAACAACAGCGGCGCGGGGAGUGCCAACAGCCUUGGCGGCGGCAGCUCGGAGCUACUCCCCGCGCACCAGUCCUCAGCCACCAGCAAUCCCCAGAGUCCAGAGCCUGCCCAAGCCACGCUUGCAGGCUUAUAGACUGAACCGAGGGUGCUUAUGGCAUGGCAUGGCGUGCAACUUCCCCAUCACUGGCUGGAGUUUGUGUCUACUUUAGUUGGUGGCAAGGGUCGCCGAGACAGGAGACGCCAAGGGCAGCUUCUUGGGGGUUCACACCCUUUCUUUUGCUGCCUAGGUUGCCUGAGGCCUACAGCUCCCAAAAGAGAGGAAAGUUUUGAGGUUCCCUUGCCAAAGAAUGCAACUGUUCCCCCUACCCAAGCAGCUCACACUGUGAAGUGUUUGAUGGAACUGUUCCUCUGAGCACCAGGGGUCUUGGCAUAAGGACAUGCUGCACUUAGAAGGCCUUUAACUUGUAAAUAAAAUGUUUACUACAGUUUGUAAAA